CCCCCCAGUCCUCGGUGUGUGUUUCACCGAUAAGCGUGUGGCGCAGCACAGCACAGCACAGCACAGUACAGUCAGAAAUAGUCGGUAGGAUGUCCAAAGAGGGCCAACCACGUGAGCCAGAGCAGCUGCGGAAGCUCUUCAUUGGAGGGCUCAGCUUUGAAACCACAGACGAUAGUUUGCGGGCGCAUUUUGAACAAUGGGGCGCCUUAACGGAUUGUGUGGUGAUGAAAGAUCCAAACACCAAACGCUCCAGGGGCUUUGGGUUUGUCACUUAUUGCGGUGUGGGUGAAGUCGAUGCUGCUAUGGAUGCACGUCCCCACAAGGUUGACGGUAGGCUCGUGGAGCCCAAGCGAGCUGUGUCUCGAGAGGACUCCAACAAGCCAUUUGCUCACACAACUGUGAAGAAGAUCUUUGUGGGUGGCAUUAAGGAUGACACUGAGGAGAACCAUCUUCGUGAUUACUUCACAGAGUUUGGCAAACUUGAGGCCAUUGAGAUUAUGGUUGACCACAAGACUGGAAACAAAAGAGGCUUUGCCUUUGUUACGUUUGAUGACCAUGACUCUGUUGAUCGUAUCGUCAUUCAGAAAUACCACACGGUGAAUGGGCACAACUGUGAAGUCAGAAAAGCUCUGUCUAAACAAGAGAUGCAAAACACUGGCAUGAACAUGAGAGGCCGGGGUGGUGGUGGAGGAGGAGGUGGAAACUUCAACAGAUAUGGCAACAAUGGCGGCUACAACAAUGACUUUGGAGGCAGUGGAGGCGGCAACCGUGAUGGAUAUUUUGGAAGAGGAGGCAGAAGUGGUGGAGGUGGCGGUGGUUAUGGAGGCGACUGCUACAACAAUGGAUUUGGCAGCGGCGAUGGUGGUUAUGGUGGCAGUCCUGGUAACUAUGGUGGAAAUCGUGGAUAUGGAGGUGGUAGUGGUGGCGGAGGAGGACAGGGUUAUGGCAACCAGGGCGGUGGUUAUGGUGGCGGUGGCGGUAGCAACAGCGGUGGUAGCUAUAAUGACAAUUACAACAAUGGCAAUGGAAACUUUGGAGGUGGCAACUUUGGAGGUGGUAGUGGCGGCGGUGGAGGUGGUAACUAUGACUUUGGCAGCUAUAACAACCAGCAGUCCAGCUAUGGUCCCAUGAAAGGGAACUUUGGAGGUGGCGGAGGAAGAAACAGUGGCCCAUAUAGUGGUGGCUAUGGUGGUGGAUCUGGUGGUGGAUAUGGAGGCGGCUCUGGUGGUAGACGGUUUUAAGCUCAGAAAGGAUCUGACAAGUGAAAAUCAUCUCUUGAAAUGAAAAGGCAUUUGUCUUUCAAAACUGGUGAAAUGAUAAAGGACCAAAAUGCAGCUGACGAGAUUUUAUUUUUGUUACCGGUUUUAGCUUUUUUUUUUUUUUUUUUACCAAUAAAAAUUUUAAUUCUA